AUGCUGUCCAUCUUGCGAAAGGCUCGUCUUAAAGACAAAGAAAUGAGAGUUUUGAUGUUGGGGCUCGACAAUGCUGGUAAAACGACCAUUGUUAAACGGAUCAUGGGGGAAGACGUCAACACGGUAAGCCCUACGUUGGGCUUCAUCAUUAAGACGAUUGAUCAUGACGGGUUGGUCGGCUCCCAGCGGGACGUGGGCGGCCAGAAGACAUUACGAUCGUAUUGGCGCAACUACUUUGAGAAGACGGAUGCCUUGAUAUGGGUGGUGGAUGCUACCGAUCGAGUGAGAGUACGCGAUUGCAAAGAAGAGUUGCACGGACUACUCCUCGAAGAGCGGCUGUCUGGAGCAAGCCUGCUCAUACUUUCCAACAAGACAGAUGUGGAGGGGUGCAUGGAUGAGCAGGAAAUCCGACAGGCAUUAGAUUUGGACGAGAUCCGGACGCACCAGUGGCACAUUUUGAGAUGCAGCGCCAUGACGGGAGAGAACCUGCAAGAGGGGCUGGCCUGGGUCGUUGCUGACGCAAAGAAGAGGCUGUUUCUCUAUUGA